AGAAAAACCCUAACCCUAGGCAAGGGCCUCCAAUCCCCCACGCCGUCUCGUCUCGGCAUAAACCCCAGCCAUCGCCUCCGCGGCUCCGCCCUCCUCGUCCGCCGCCUCGACGCCGUGCUCAGAAUCGCGGCGAGCGAGCUCCGAUGGCCGGUAAAAAGAGGGCCCAGACUGACCUCGCGGUGCCCGAGGCUGUGCCAGCCUCGGACGCUUCCCGGGAUGAUGAUGCUGCUGCCGCGGAGGCGCCGGCGAAGAAGAAGAAGCUGGCCAUGGAGCGGAAGAAGCAGAGGAAGGAGCUCGACAAGGAGCGCCACCGCCAGUCGGCCGAAUCCGACGCCGCCAAGCCGCAGCCGCCAGCCGCGGAGGCCGCAGCGCCAGUGAAUCCUCCGUCCGCUCCGGCGGCGGCGGGCCCGGGGCUGCACAUGAAUGUGUUCAGGGACCUGGCAUCGCCGGAGGCAUCGGUGAGGGAGGCUGCGGCGGAGGCGCUGGUGGCCGAGCUUCGGGAAGUGCAGAAGGCGCACGAGAAGGGUGCGCGGAAAGGGGACAAGGAAGCUGCCGAUAGGGACGGGUCCUCGCAGAUGGAGGCUGAGAAGGAUGAUGGACUGGAAAACUGCGCCCCAUCAGUGCGGUACGCCAUCCGGCGGCUUAUUCGCGGUAUCUCUUCUUCUAGAGAGUAUGCAAGGCAAGGAUUUGCAUUGGGUCUUGCUGUUGUGCUCGAAUCAAUUCGGUCAAUCAGGAUUGAAGCACUUAUGAAGCUGAUCCCUAAUUUAUUGGAAUAUUCAUCUUCGAUGAAGGGACCGGAAGCUAAGGACAAUCUUUUGGGGCGCCUGUUUGGAUUUGGAGCAAUUGCGAGGUCUGGACGGGUUUCACGACAGUGGACACGUGACAAAAGCUCGCCCAUUGUCAAGGAUUUUGUGAGUGAGGUUGUUGAACUCAGUAGCAAGAAACGAUAUUUAACGGAGCCUGCAGUUGCCGUGAUUUUGGAUUUAGUCAGGAAGCUGCCUGAUGAAGCUAUAUUAUCUGAGGUUCUUGAAGCUCCUGGUGUUCAAGAUUGGUUCAACAGAGCUGCUGAUAUUGGAGAUCCAGAUGCACUCUUUCUAGCUUUGAAGUUGCAGGAGAGAACUAGUGUUCAGAAGGAGAUAUUUGGAAAGCUUCUCCCAUGUCCAUUCAGCCCUGACAACUUUUUUGCGGAACAUCAUCUUAAAUCUAUUGCUGCUUGUUUCAAGGAAUCUGCCUUUUGUCUUCCUCGCAUUCAUAGUUUGUGGCUUGUCAUCACCGAGAUGCUCGUUCGUGAGGCAGCAUCUCAGAAUGAUAUUAACACCAGUUGUGGCAAGAAGCACAAAAAGAAUAAGAAAGCCAGUUCCUCUGAGGAUACCAAAAAGAAUCUGCGUAAUUUCUGUGAGGUUGUAAUUGAAGGAUCUUUGCUGCUCUCAUCUCAUGACAGGAAGCAUUUGGCAUUUAAUAUACUUCUUAGCAUCCUCCCAAAAUUGUCCCCUUCAGCUAUUCAAGUAGUUCUGUCCAGCAAAGUUGUUCAUGGUUUGAUGGAUAUUUUAUCAAAUGAAUCGUCUUGGUUGUACAAUGCUGGCAAGCAUUUUCUGAAUGAGUUAGCAAGUGUAGUAAGCCAUGACAAUGAUCGGCGUGCUGCUGUCAUUAUUAACUUGCAGAAGUACAGUGGUGGAAGAUUUGACUCCAUGACAAAAACUAAAACUGUUAAACAGUUGAUUGGCGAAUUCCAGAGUGUUGAGGAUUGUUUGUGUCUUGUGCAAAAUUUGAUGGCGCUUUUCGUGGACGAAGAGGCUGUUUCAGAUGAACCUUCUGAUCAAAGUCAGACAACUGAUGAGAAUUCAGAAAUUGGCCCAACUGAAGAGCAGGACCCUUUUGGACAUGGGAAUGUUGAUGUUCUGAAGAGUUGGGUGGUGAAUACAAUUUCAUGUGUCCUAAAAAAUCUAAAGCUUACAUCAAAAGGAAAUUCGGAUUCUGAAAUGGUUAAGUGCAUUGAAGAAAAAUUCCAAGUGCAGACUGAAAUAUUGAAAUUUCUUGCAGUCCAAGGUCUUUUCUCAGCAUCUUUAGGAACUGAAGUUACAUCAUUUGAGUUGCAAGAGAAGUUCAAAUGGCCAAAGAAUCCUAUAUCCACAUCACUACGUAAUGAAUGCAUAGAGCAGCUUCAAUUCUUGCUGGAAGAUGCACAAAAGGAUGAAGCUUUACAUGUUGCUAGUGAGGUCAAGUCCAAUGACUUAGGCUACUACUUUAUGCGUUUCAUUAACACAGUAUGCAAUAUCCCCUCAGUUUCCCUCUUCAGGACCUUGAGUGGCAAUGAUGAUAAUGCAUUCAAGAAAUUGCUGGCCAUAGAAUCACUGCUUUUCCAGGAGGAAAGAAAAGCUGGCCCUGGAUUGGACUCUACUAAGAUGCAUGUGAUGCGUUAUCUACUUAUUCAGUUGCUGCUACAAGUUCUUCUCCAUCCAGAUGAGUAUUGGGAGGCUGCAGUUGAUGUGACUAUAUGUUGCAAGAAAUCCUUUCCUGCUAUUGCUCAGGGUGACAGCUCCAGUGGACAGGAAUCUGGUGAACGUGGUCCGCAGGAAUCCGAUGAGGAUGAGCCAGAGGAAUCUGAUGAAGAUGGUUCAGGGGAUUCCAAUGGGGAGGUGUCACUAGAGUUUAUGGACGUUCUUGUUCAGACUUUCCUCUCUAUUUUGCCUCAUGCAUCUGGACCCGUUUGUUUUACUAUUGAGCAGGUUUUUCGCGUGUUCUGUGAUGAUAUUACAGAAACUGGUCUCCUUGAUAUGUUGAGAGUUGUGAAGAUAGAUUUGAAAGGUCGUCAAACUGAUAGCGAUGACGAAGAUGAUGGUCGUGUUGAUAUUGAAGAUGAUGAAACUGUAAUGGAAGAUGCAGAGGUUGGGGAAAUUGAUGAUGUUGCUGAUGAUUUGGAUGAGGAUACGGAAGAUGAUUCAAAUGAUGAAGGUGAUGCGGAUCAAGAUGAUCUGAAAGAUGGAGAUAAAGCAGAAGCUACUAAAGAUGGGGAUGAUUCAGAUGAUUCAGAUGGCAUGGAUGAUGAUGCUAUGUUCCGUAUCGAUCCUUACAUUGCAAGGAUAUUCAAAGAGCGUAAUCUUCCUGGAAGCGAGACUAAGCAAUCACAACUUAUGCGAUUCAAGCUUCGCGUGCUUACGUUACUUGAUAUAUACCUUCAGAGGAAUCCAGGGAAAACCUUGGUGCUGGAGGUGUAUUCUUUCUUGAUGCAAGCUUUUGUCAAAUCACAUGGUGCUGAUGGUGGUGAACAGUUCAAGCAACGAAUUGCUGGUAUAUUGCAGAGAAGGAUAUUCAAAGGAAGGGAGUAUCCAGAAGGCAAUGGCAUUGAAUUCAGUAAACUUGAAAAGUUGUUGGAGAAAGCUCUAAGAUUGGCAUCACGCUCAAGAUACAGCACAGUUGCUUCUGUAGCCCAGAAUGCAGCAUUUUGGAUUCUGAAGAUCAUCAAUUCGAUGAAUUGUUCCGAAGAGGAACUAGCAAGUGUGGUUGAUAAGUUCCGAUCUAUCUUGAAUGAUUAUGACAGGAAGAAAUCACGGCUGAAGCUUGGUUUUGUGAAGGAGGUUGUUCGGAGGAAUCCUUGGUUAGGUCAGGAGCUUUUUGGUUUUGUGGUACAGAAGGUAGAGGGCACGGGAGCUGACUACCGGAGAAAUCAAAUGCUGGAGUUGGUGGACUGCAUACUAAAAUCAUGGGUUGGUGAUGCAUCAGAGGUGUGGACAAACCAUUUGGCUCAGCUGUGCGAGUUGAUACAAGAAGUUCUUUCAAAGGUCCCUGAGAACAAGUCGCGCCGCAAGGAAGUACGGAACUUCUGCACUAGGAUCCUGCAAACAGUGCUGAAGCUUAAUCUCAAAGAACAAUUUCAGAACGCAUUGAGUUCUGAAACUUAUUCCCUCUGUCAGGCGCAACUAGGAACUGCAUUUGCCCCUUUCAGAAAAGAUUCUAACUAGAACCCGUUUUCUCCACGGGUCAAGGGUCGCUAGAAGUUUUGAGAUGAAUUUAAUUUUGCUUGUAAUCUUUUUCUGGGCCCAUGAGUGUAGGCUCAAUUAAAUCAGUAUGCUUGACUAUCAGCAGCAAGGAAGUUACAGUUAGCAACAUGUACCAGUUUCUGUAUCUGCAUGUGCAAGGAUUGCGUGAAUGGAUAAUGUUUUGAAACACCAUAACCAAAUUUGCCUCAGCUUUCA